GCGUGAUAAUAAUCCCGAUGGGAGACGACACGCCCCUGCGAUCACUAGCCCGACCCAAACUCAAACAACACACAAGACAACAACUCCUAGACAGACUAGACCUAGAACUUAACGACGAUAUACCUGAAACAGUCGACGUAGACAACUUUGACUACGAAAGGGCUGGCAGAUCUCGGAAGGAUGAAGACGAUGACGAUGAUGAUUUACUCAAUGAAGGUGAUGAUAAAAUAGUCGGUGGUUUCGAAGUGGAUAUCAAUACUUACCCGUAUCAUGUGGCUUAUGGGAAUAAUUGUGGAGGGGCGAUUCUGUCAGAGUACUGGGUGGCUACUGCUGGACACUGCAGCAAGAAAACCUUCAUAAAAGUUGGAUCCAAGUACUUAAGCAGAGGGAAGAAGCACAAAGUGGCGAAACAGUACGUCCACCCUAAAUGGACGGCAAAGCCGAAGCUGCACGAGUAUGACUAUGACUUCCAACUGCUGAAGUUGGCACAUCCCCUGCGUUUUAGCGAGAACAUUCAGCCAGUCAAAGUGGCUCAUAUGGAAGACAUGGUCGUCGGCAAAUACAUUACUGUCACGGGAUGGGGGAACACGGAAGAGAAUGGUGCAUACUCCGACGUCCUAAGAGCUGUGCGACUCCCGAUCGUAGCGAAAGAGAAAUGCCAAGCGGUUAAGUUCCCAUACUUCCAGAACACUUUGACGCCCAGGAUGUUCUGUGCUGGCUUCAUAGAGGGGACCAAGGACGCUUGCCAGGGUGACUCUGGUGGCCCAGCAGUGUCGGGAGGUCGACUCCUGGGCACAGUUUCCUUCGGCUACGGCUGCGCCACACCCGGCUCAUACGGUGUCUACAGCAAGAUCGCACUCGUGAGGGAUUGGAUCGAGGAUACCACCGGCCUAGUACUGGAUUAGAGGACUAAAAUUGAUAUAUUGGAUAAGGGGUUCGGGGAUAUAAUUAUUGCUAAGUUUGAUGUUAAAUACGAUUGUUUUCAAUAGAUCAAAAGCAAUAUUUUAUAUGUUUUCUCAAGUACUUAACUGCCAUAUCAGGGGUGUGCCACAGGGGUCAAUGUAGGGCCCACAUUUCUUUAUAAUCUUUUUUUUUAUAUUUAUUGCGUUUUCUGGGAGGAUUUGUACAUUUUGUUAAAUGGUAUGCGUCUGUAUGUAUAUUCUCUAUAAGCAUUACCUAAAUCCACCCGACAGCUCUACAAAACAGCUUGACUAAAAACGAAUGAACGAAGAGUCGUGGUCAGCGCAGCAUGGCUUCGAAGCUUGGGUUUUCAUCGAGUAGGUAGGUAUAUUAAACUGGUAACAUUGAAUGCCUCUAAUUAAAUUCUAUAAUCUAUGCA